AUGUACGCUAAUCACACAUCUGACCCCGCUACCAAAGAAUUCCCAUAUUACCACUAUUUGCCCACCAGGAGUGUUUGCAUCCUUUUUGUAGUCUUAUACUCUAUUUCUACUGUUUGUCAUCUCGUCCAAGCCUUCGUUCCCCGCCGCGUAGGAUGGUGGGUGUUUCCCACCAUUUGCUUGGGCGGAGCUGGCGAAAUUCUCGGCUGGAGUGGUCGGCUGUGGUCAAAUCUUAACAUACAAAAGCAGACACCUUUUUUCAUCCAAAUUGUCAUGACUAUCAUAGCUCCGACACCAGUCGUAGCUGGUAUCUUCAUCAUCUUCGGAAUGAUCACAGAGCGACUGGGAGCGAGCUACAGCCGUCUUGCUCCGAAAAAUUAUUCGAGGAUAUUCUUGUCAUGCGACAUCAUAUCUCUGGUUGUCCAAGCAGCAGGCGGUGCUUUGGCGACCUCAAACACUACAUCAACAUCAGAAAUGGGUGGACAUAUCAUGCUAGCCGGGAUCGCUUUUCAACUGGCUGUCAUCACGGUGUUUGUUCUUUGUGUGGCCGAAUAUCUCUUCCGCUUCCUUCACGGUCUCCCCGUGCGCACGUCUGGGGUGAGCCAGCCCAUGAAACCUUCUGCUUUUUGGGACAUGAGGAUGAAACUCAUGGUUGGUGGUAUGUUGUUCAGCACAACUUUUCUUUAUAUCCGAGCAAUCUACCGGACAAUCGAGCUGAGCUCUGGCUAUGGAGGCCCUAUCCAAACGAACCAGCUGUAUUUUGACAUUCUCGACGGCGCGAUGGUCACGCUGUCGUUGUACACGCUCAACUUCUUCCAUCCGGGUGUUCUCUUGCGUCUCGGAGAGGUCGAUUCGACCAUCGCACUUGGUAACAUGGAGCAAUUUUCGUGA